AUGUCUGAACUAGGAUUUGGCCUCUCUUUAGCGUCCAUUCCAUUUUAUGUUGUUGGAUUUGUUGGAAAUGUGCUCGUGAUACGAAUUGUGCACAAAACUCGAGAAAUGCACACACCGACUAAUUAUCUUCUAGCGAGCAUGGCCAUAAGCGAUGCUAUCACCAUCGUAUUGUGGCCUUUGUACUUCUUUGAGUUUGCGAAAUUCGUUUGCAAAGUUGUCGUCCUUAUUGAAAUAUCUAUAGUGGUUUCGUCUAUUACGAUUACUGUACUAGCAGUGGAAAGAUACAACGCUUUACUGAAACCUUUUAGAACAGGACUUCGGUUGAGUGAAGAUAACAUCAAGAAGCGCAUUGCUCUCAUUUGGUUUGUAAGCAUCCUUAUAUGCCUUCCAGAAUUCUUCCUCAAUGAAUGGAGCGAAUAUUAUUCGACAUGUGUUGGAGCAUGGAGGUUACACAUGAAUUAUCCAAGUAAAAUUUACGUGGUCAUAAACACAAUCCUCAGUUCUUAUAUCCCACUAGCAGUCGUCUGCUACUGCUAUGGCUCCUUGAUAUGGGGACUUUACUUUACAAACACGGUAUGUCCGGAAACAGAUGAAGACAGAAGCUCCGAGAAAAGAAAACUUGUUACGACCUUCCUACUUGUAACUGUGGGAUUUUUUAUCGCUAACACACCAACAGCAAUUUUUUAUACAGGCGUAGCAUCUGGGCUUCCUGUGGAGACAAACUCUAAGUUGUAUUAUGAUGUCUUACUUGUGAUAGAUUUUGUGUUUGUUUCCAGUUUUUGUUUUAACCCCAUUAUCUACGCUUUUCGCACUAAAAAUUUCCGAGAAGGCUUUAGACGGACAAUUUCUUGUCGUAAACCACCACAACAGAAUGAGAUCUCCUAG